GGGAGAGAGGGAAGGAGAGAGAGGGAGAGAUUUCUUCAGAAGAAAUCUUUUUUUUUUGAAAGAGCACUAGAAAACUGUCCUUUCCUGGGCAGGGGGAGGGAUAUGGACCGAUAAAAUCUGGAAAAGAAGAAGGUAAAUGGAAAAGGAUGUUGUCUGUUUGACAGCUCUAUAGGUGUCCUGGAAUAGGCGUUUGGUGCUACAUUUCAUACCUCUGCCUCCGGCAAGAUGGCGCUGAACAACACGUCCUUCGUCCAGCACACGUCUCCCGCCUACCCUCACUUCCCGUCUCCGUCUCCGGCCUCGUCCUUUCCCCCCGUCGUCUUCUCCAACGGCACCACGUCCACGCUCUCGGGCCCGUCGGUGAACCCCGACCAGAGCAUCGUGAGCAACCUGCCGGUGACGGUGACCGGCGCGCUCAUCCUGGGCCUGGUCUUCCUGGUGGGCGUGCCCGGCAACCUGUUUGUCAUCUGGAGCGUGCUGGCGCGCGCCCGCCGCCGCUCCGUCACCACGCUGCUCAUCCUGCACCUGGCCUGCGCCGACGGCCUGCUGAUGGCGCUCACCGCCUUCUUCGUGGUCUACCUGGUGCGCAGCGACUGGGAGUUCGGCGGCUUCCUGUGCAAGCUGCUCUUCUACCUGUGCUGCGCCAACAUGUACGCGUCCAUCAUGCUCAUCACGCUCAUGAGCCUGCACCGGCUGCUGGCCGUCACGCGGCCGCAGAGCGCCGGCGCCAAGGCCAGCCGCGGCACCGUGCUCAAGCUGCUGGCGGGCGUGUGGGCGCUGGUGCUGGCGCUGUCCGUGCCCGUGCUGGUGUACCGCGAGGUGAAGGAGUACAAGAACGCCGAGGGGGGAGUGCGCCGCGUCUGCGAGCCGGUCCACCGGUGGAACGAUACAGUUCUGCAGUACACCAUGGAGACGGUGCUGGGCUUCGUCCUGCCCUACAGCGUGAUCGUGGCCAGCUACGUGUGCAUCCUGCGGCGGAUACAAAAGACGCGGUUCCGGCGGCGCAUCCGCAGCGAGAAGCUCAUCCUGACCAUCGUCAUCACGUUCGGCAUCUUCUGGUUACCCUACCACAUCAUUAACAUGGUACAGGUGGCAGCAGCCUUGGCUCCAGAAAAUUCUUCUCUUGAAAAAAGCCUGAACAAGUUGUGGAAGACGGGCCGGACGCUCACGUCCACGCUGGCCUUCAUCAGCAGCAGCGUGAACCCGCUCCUCUACACCUUCGCCGGCAAGUCGUACAUGCGCCGCGAGGGCCUGGGCUUCAUGGCGCGCCUCUUCGAGGCCACCGGCCGCAUCGAGUCCUCCAGGAAGAGCCGGCAGAACAGCCGCGAGAGCCGCGACAAGGACAAGAAGGCCAAGGAGGCGCUGGAGACCGAGGACGACGACGACGGCGAAGAGGGCACGGAGCUCAGGGAGUCCGAGUCCACCACCAGCGCCCAUGCCAACACCCACAACCGGGUCGACGGGCAGCAGCAGCGCAACGGGAAAUGAGAGAGGCGCUCGUGGGCCAGAAGCUUGUUUGUUUCUUUACCCGUCAAGCGGGCAAUAGUACUUUGGUGCCUAUUUCCGUUGGGGCAGUCAGUGCAUUGAGUUUAGUAAAAAGCUUUAGAUCGAGUUGCAUCUAAAAAAAAGAUUUGAAAGAAUUUGAAUAUUAAAAAAAUAAGAAGAAUUUGAAUUCCUAUGACAGGCAAUGAACAUACCUCUUCGGACUCCAUGGCCAAGUCUCUGUGUUUGUGUGUGUGUGAGUGUGUGUGUGUGUGUAUGUGUGUGUGUGUGUGUGUGUGUGUGUGUGUGUGUGUGUG